AUGAGCCCGCUCCAGAACCUCAAGGCGCACGAAAACUCGGUCAAGAUCGAAAACGCGCUGCGCCACGUGAAGAAGCGCGACGAGGCACCCGCGCACGGCGACCCCACCGCCUACGUGGACGAGCAGGGCGAGACCUUUGUCACCACAGACCGCAUCGUCAAGACCAUCAGUCCGCCGUCGUUCCGCAUCCCUGCGGACGCAGAGGUGUUCCCGGACGGAAAAACGCCAGACUACAAGUUUCUGAUGCACCACUUCAGGCAGGAAGGCAGGCUGUCGGAGCAGCAGCUCACGUACAUUCUCCAGGAGUCGGCCGCGAUCUUCGAGCAGGAACCAAACAUGCUCAAGGUGCCCUGUCCGGCGACCGUGGUGGGCGACAUCCACGGCCAGUACUACGACCUGUGCAAGAUGCUCAACAUGUGCGGCGACCCGGCCAAGACACAGUACCUGUUUCUCGGAGACUACGUGGACCGCGGGGACUACUCGAUGGAAUGUCUGAUUCUGCUGCUGGCCAUGAAGAUCAACUUUCCCAAGUCGUUCUGGAUUCUGCGCGGAAACCACGAGACCAAGCGCAUGACGGAGCACUUCACGUUCAAGCGCGAGUGCGCCGUCAAGUACUCGCUGGCCAUCUACAAGGAGGCGCUCAACACGUUCAAGAUGAUGCCCUUCUGCGCGGUGCUGAACGAGCAGUUUUUCUGCUGCCACGGCGGGCUCUCGCCCGAGCUCGAGAAGCUCAGCGACAUCGGCAAAAUCAACAGAUUCAGAUACGACUUCCCGUCCAGGGGACUUUUCAGCGACAUCAUGUGGUCGGACCCGGCUCCCGAGUACGACACAGAGGUCCUCUCGCCCACCGACUACGACUCAUACUUCAGAGACAACUACGAGCGCCACUGCUCGUACUACUACUCGUACCACGCGGUCUGCCACUUUCUCGAGAAAAAUAAUCUAUUGAGUGUCAUCAGAGCACACCAAGCGCAGGACGCCGGGUACAGGAUGUACCGCAAGAACGAGGCCACCGGGUUCCCCUCGGUGAUCACCCUGUUUUCUGCGCCGAACUACUGCGGCACCUAUAGAAACAAGGCUGCGGCGCUGAUCUACGACGGGUCCACGUUCAACAUCAAGCAGUUCGUGGCCACCGACUCGCCGUACCACCUGCCGGACUUCAUGGACGUUUUCGAGUGGUCGCUGCCGUUUGUGUCGGAAAAAGUGCUCGACAUCCUCGUUUCGAUCCUCAACAUCUGCACCGAGGACGAGCUCGAGGAGGAGACCGUUGUGGCGCGCGACGUGGUCAAGUCGCUGCAGGACGUGCCCGAGACGUCUCCGGAGACCACUCUGGCCGCCGUCACGGGGCCGGCGACCGGCGUGUCGCCGCUCGAGGCGCGCGCCUCGCUGCGCAAGAAGCUGCUCUCGAUCGGGCGCAUGUCGCGCAUGUUCAACAUCCUGCGCGAGGAGGCCGAGAAAGUCGAGCAUCUCAAGACGUACUCGGGCGGGAAACUGCCCCGCGGUGUGUUGAUGGACGGCCGCGAGGAGCUGCACAACAGACUCAAGUCGUUCUCGGAGGCCAGAGAGGCCGACCUGCAGAACGAGGCGUUGCCGCCGUCGGCCGAGGAGCUCGAGAAAAUCGAGGAAGAGCGCCAGCGCAAGGCCAGAGAGUACAUCGAGGGCGCUGGCCAGUGGCCUCACAGCGCAUAG